AUGGGCGGACAGUCUAAGAAGAAAGGAUUGAGUUUGGAGGAGAAGAGGAGUCGCAUGAUGGAGAUAUUUUUUGAGACUAAGGACGUGUUUCAGCUGAAGGACAUUGAGAAAAUUGCCCCCAAAGCCAAAGGGAUCACGCCCAUGUCGGUGAAGGACGUCCUCCAGAGUCUAGUGGACGACAACAUGGUGGACUCAGAAAGAGUGGGAACCUCCAACUAUUACUGGGCAUUUCCCAGUAAAGCUCUCCAUGCCCGUAAACGCAGACUGGAAGAACUGGAGAAGCAGCAUUUGGAAGGGAAGCAGAAGAAAGCCAGUCUACAGCAGGCCGUGGACAAAGCCAAAGUGGGACGCCAAGAAACGGAGGAGAGGAGUGCUCUGAGGCAGGAGUUGCAGACCCUGAGGGAGCAGCGGGACCAGCUCAGGGAGGAGGUGGAGAAAUACAGGGAGUGUGACCCUGAGGUGGUGGAGGAGAUCCGCAGAGCCAAUGUGACUGCCAAGGAGGCUGUCUCACGGUGGACAGACAACGUCUUUGCCAUCAAGUCUUGGGCCAAGAGAAAGUUUGGAUUUGAGGACGCACGGCUGGACAAGGCCUUCGGAAUACCGGAGGACUUUGACUACAUGGACUGA